AUGAAUUUUAUGAUGUGUAAAUAUCAUCCUGAAAAUCAGGUAAUAUUUUUACUUUGGAAUGAUUCUAUGUUCUAAUUUGCUUGUGAAGAAUGCUCUGAAAAUUAAAAAAAAUAAGAAAAUAAAUAAAUUUUAAAGUAGUUAUCAAUAAGAAAAGCUUUAAAAGAACCUGAUUAUUUUUUAGGGGAAUUCAAUUUAAAUAAAGAAAACAGAUAAUUAAUUAAAUAAAUAGACAAUUUACCUAUUUAAAAAUUGAAUUCAUUAAUGUAAAUUAUUGAUACACAUGUUAAAGAUAUUCAAAUUAGUUUGAGUGAUUUAAUUAAUAAAAUUAAGGAAAACAUUUUAGAUAUUAUUUAAAGAAAAGAGAAGUUAAGAAAUAAUUUGGAAAAGGUGAAUAUUAAUAUAAUUAUAUAGAUUUCAUAUUAUGCUUAAUUUACAGUUGUAUUUUAAGGCUUAAAUAGCCAGAAAUGUUUAAAUGAUGAUGUACUCAAUUAAAUUGAAGAUAAUAUCAAAUAACUAUUUUUAGAGAUUGAUAAAAAUCCAAAUUCUUUUAAUCAAGAAGUAUAAAAAUAAUUGUUACUACCAAAAAUUGAUAAAAUAAAUGAUUCACGAUAAUAUUAAACAUUUAUUAAUAGGCUAUAAAACUUCAAAGAUAGUAUUGCUCCUUUUCUAAUUUAAAAUCCUUAAGAUCUAAUUUAGGAUCAACAAAAUUAUAAAAAAGAUUUAAAAUUUUCUAAUAUCUAUAAACAAUCACAAAUUUAAGUAUCUUUAGAAGGAAAGAUGGCUUAUGCAGCAGAAGAUGUUUGGUAAGUGGUUUUAUGGAAAUAACCAAUCCCUCAAAAUAGAAAAAUAUCUUUUUAUUUCAAUAUUUUGCAAUUACAUCACUUUUAUUGUGGAAUCUGUUUCAAAAAUCUUAUUUCUAAAGAUUAUAGAGGAUAAGUUUCUAAUAAAGGGCAUGGGUAUUGUAUUUUCUUUAAUAAGUUAUUACUUAAUGUGUAGAUACGGAAAUAUAUAUUCCCAUCAUGAUAAUGAAAUAAAUGGAUAAUUAAAAGGAUUUCCAUCUUGUAAAGGAGAUACUAUUGAAAUAAUAGUUGAUAUGAUAGAAAAAACUAUUACAUGGACAAAUAAUAGAUCGAAACAAUCUUUUGUAAUUAUAAAUAAUUAUUUUUAGAAAUUAACAAUUCAAACAAUUGAUACAUUAUAUCCAUGUAUAAGAAUUGCUAAAUCAAAAGUUUAGAUACUUUAAUGUUGA